CGCAAAGUCCCAGAGCCGCCUGCCUCCGCACGGGCCGUCCGCCGCCGCUCGCGGGGUGGGCUGCAGGGGGCGCCCUCCAGACAGGGCCGCAGUGCCCACGUCCUAGAGACCGGCCGGCAGCUCUGCCAACCUCGCGGGGCCUUCUCCCCGUUACCUCUCAGCACCGCCUUCACUCCCUUCACCCCUCAGCUCCGGUAGUCGCCGCUCCAGGGCCGCCGCCGCUUGAAGUAGUAGCUGUCCGGCCGCACCGUCGUCACCGUCGCUGCCUCUGGGUCCAGGACCCUGGGCCCUGCCGCCACCGCCAUGAAGCUGCGAGUGCGGCUUCAGAAGCGGACGUGGCCGCUGGAGGUGCCAGAAGAGGAGCUGACGCUGGGGCAGCUGCGUGCGCACCUGAGCCAGACCCUGCUGCCCACCUGGGGGUACAGUUCCGAUACCCGGUUUGCAAUUACAUUGAACAACAAAGAUGCCCUCACUGGAGAUGAAGAGACCUUGGCUUCAUAUGGGAUUGUUUCUGGGGACUUGAUAUGUUUGGUUCUUGAAGAUGCCAUUCCAGCACCUAACUUGCCUUCAUCCACAGAUUCAGAGCAUUCCUCACUGCAGAGUAACGCCCAGCCCUCUUUGGCUGCCCCCUGCAGUCAGUCCAGCACACAGGAUGAAGAGCGGGGUGAUUCGUUCCCAGGAGAGGCAGCCCAGUCUGAUGCGUGGAGUGAUGACAGCAUGGCAGGGCCUAGUCAGAAUGUUGAAGCUGAGUCCACUGAAGAUGUUGUGGAUAUGGAGGAAGGCGCAGGCUUCUGCCCCUCAGAACCCAUGCUCUGCAGUGAGUCGGUGGAAGGGCAAGUGCCCCACUCACUGGAGACCCUGUAUCAGUCAGCGGGCUGCUCUGGUCCCAGCGAUGCCUUGAUAGUGUCCGUGCAUCUUCUCAUGCUGGAGUCGGGCUACAUGCCUCAGGGGACUGAAGCCAAGGCUUUGUCCAUGCCGGAGAACUGGAAGUCGGGUGGCGUGUACAAGCUGCAGUACACGCACCCGCUCUGCGAGGGCGGCUCUGCUGCUCUCACCUGUGUGCCCAUGGGAAACCUGGUCGUCAUCAACGCUACACUAAAAAUCAACGGUGAGAUCAGAAGUGUGAAAAGAUUGCAGCUGCUGCCAGAAUCUUUUAUUUGCAAAGAGGAAGUAGGGGGAAAUGCAGCCAAGAUGUACAAAGAUCUCCAGAAACUUUCUCGCCUCUUCAAAGACCAGCUGGUGUACCCUCUUCUGGCUCUCACCCGGCAAGCACUGAACCUCCCAGAUGUAUUUGGGUUGGUAGUCCUUCCGUUGGAGCUGAAGCUGCGGAUCUUCCGACUCUUGGAUGUUCGUUCUGUCCUGUCCUUGUCUGCAGUUUGUCGUGACCUCUUCAUUGCGUCAAAUGACCAACUCCUGUGGAGGUGUUUGUAUCUGCGGGAUUUUCGAGAUGGUACUGCCAGAGUUCGAGACACAGAUUGGAAAGAAUUGUACAGGAAGAAGCACAAGCAGAGAAAAGAAGCUCAGAGACGGCGCGCAAUGUUCCUGCUGCCGCCACCUCACCCUGAUCCUUUCUACCCCAGCCCCUUGCCCCACAGGCCUUUCCCUCCCGGCCCCUUGCCCCCCAGGCCCUUCCCUCCUAGUUCUCUCCUCCCUCCAGGAAUUAUCGGUGGGGAAUACGAUGAAAGGCUAAUGCUUCCCUAUGUCGGAGAUCCCAUCAAUUCACUCAUUCCUGGGCCCGGGGAGGCACCCGGCCAGUUCCCCCCACUCAGACCCCGUUUUGACCCCAUUGGCCCACUGCCAGGACCUAACCCCAUCUUGCCGGGGCGCGGUGGCCCCAACGACAGAUUUCCCUUAAGGCCCAGCAGGGGUCGGCCGACGGACAGCCGGCCACCAUUCAUGUGAUGAAUUGGUAACCCCACUUCCGGAGCUUGUUUGGUUUUGUUUUCUUAAAACUGCAGAUGUCAUCUUA